AUGACUGAACCGGACGAUGUGGAUACGAUGCUUGAGCAGGCGCUCGACCGAAUCUAUGAUUUUGAUCGAAACAACGGUUAUGGGCAUGCCGAACCAAUGGCCGCUCUAAUACGUGGCAAACAAGCAGUCGCAGACAACGGCGAAAAGCAGCAGCAGCAGCAGCAGUUGGCAUUCGGUGGUAAUGGGGCGGGCGAGGAGCUGAAUAUCGUAAAUGGUAGGGAAAUAGCGGGAGGUGAUACAUCUCUGUCGUAUAGCGAAAGCAAAAAAAAGCGAAGCAACGAAAGUAGCAGUAAGAAGCGUUCGCGCUCCAGGCACUCCUCUGCUGGUAGCCGCCGCUCAUCGAAUCGCGACAAGGACAGCAGCAAGGACAAGAAGAGACGACGAAGUUCGAGCCGCGAGCAGAAGAAGCAAUCGGGCUCCAGUUCUCGAUCACACAAACGCAGUCAUUCACGUCGCAGAUCACGUUCCAAGGACCGGCAUCACCGUCCAAGGUCACGCCGACGAAGUUCACGCUCAGGAUCACGUGGGAGUCGCAGACGACGCUCCGGCUCACGCCGACGAUCCGGCUCUCGGAGACGAUCCGGCUCCCGGCGACGGUCUGGUUCUCGGCGACGAUCCGGUUCUCGACGAAGAUCCGGCUCCCGGCGACGGUCUGGUUCACGGCGACGAUCCGGUUCUCGACGACGGUCCGGCUCUCGACGACGAAACAGCAGUCCAUCGUUUCAGCGACCUCGUGUACUGGACCAUCGCAGUUGGCGUGCAUUUUCGCCGCUACCACCACCCUGGAGACGUUCACCGCCACCUCGACGACGUUCACGAUCUCGCGGUCGUAUACCGGGCCCAGAGAGGCGCGAUGUGAUGCCGUUCGUGCCCCGGCAUUCGCCACCACCAAAUGCGAAUCUGAACAUGACAUCGGAGGAGCGUGAUCAGCGGACCAUAUUUAUACUUCAGAUUGCACGGCAAACUCGGCCGCACGAUGUGGAGGAAUUCUUCUCGGGCAUUGGGACGGUGCGUGAUGUACGGAUCAUCACCGACUCCAAAACGAGACGCUCAAAGGGAAUCUGUUACGUCGAAUUUUGGGAAAUCGAAAGCGCCGAUAAAGCUUUGGAGUUGAACGGCCAGAAAUUGUUGGGCGCAUCGCUGGUGAUCCAGCCGAGCCUGGCUGAACGAAAUCGUGCUGCAGACGCAAUAGCUACCAGCACUGUUAGCUUUGGCCCGACAACAAGCACCACCGGCCCGCUGAAACUUUGUGUGAAUAAGCUGCACACAAGUAUCACCAGCGAUAUGUUGUACAGGAUUUUUGAACCGUUUGGUAAAAUCGAGGAGAUUGACGUAGCACGAGACCGGAGUGGCACUUCCAAAGGAUACGCUUAUAUCACAUUCCGAUACGGUACCGAUGCGAAACGAGCCAUGGAGCAGAUGAAUGGGUUCGAGCUGGCUGGCCAUCAGAUGUGGGUUGGAUUGGCCGAAAAUAAAGCGCAAUCGCCGCCGGUGCAGCAGCAACAACACGAGGUGGAUGGUGGUGCUGAUGAGGUAACGGACGAGCGUAACAUCCGUCUGGGUGGUGCCAGUGACCGUCUGCAUCUGAUGGCCAAAUUGGCCGAAAAAACCGAUUUGGAGUUGCCGAAAAGUGCCAAGGAUUUGUUGGCUCAACAGGCGGCCAGUCAGCAAGUCGCAGCAGCUGGUGGUGCCUCGGGAACCCCUCACCCGCCGAUUGCAACCCAGUGCUUCAUGCUGUCGAAUAUGUUCGAUCCGGAGCAGGAAACGGGCCAGGGCUGGGCGAAUGAGGUGCGCGAUGAUGUGAUCCACGAAUGCGCCCGGAGCGCCGGGGAACGUGGGGGAGUGCUGCACUGCUACGUAGAUAGAGCUUCGCGGAGCGGUAAUGUGUAUGUAAAGUGCCAGACAAUUGCAGGAGCGUACCAGUGCGUGAAUGCGUUGCACGGACGAUUCUUUUCGGGCAAAGUUAUCACGGCCGGUUAUAUUCCACUAGCAAACUACACGCAGCUGUUCCCGGAAUCGCAAGAAGCCCAUACACCGCUUUUGCCAUCGAUAGCUGCGAAACGCGCCACCACCUAA